AUGGAGCGCCCCUCAUAUACAGCACCAGACAUCCAGUCACCAGCGCCGGCAGCCAUUUCAAUGGCGCGGCGACGUGACUCAAUGAGAAGCAGUUUUAGUGUUGCCACAGAUGUUGGAAUGGCUUGCAGCGAGAUUUUCGACGGUCCAAUAUCGGAAAGCAUUCCAUCUAGCAUCGCUUCGUUCUCCCAUCGCCGUAUUAGAAGAGAUUCUAAUAUCAGCCUCUCAUAUCAUCAUCAAGAGCCGGAUGAUUCAAUUGAAUGGCCUCGCAGAGGGUCCUUAGAUCUCGAGAACGGUGUCGAUGAACCGGUUGCCGCUGAGCUUGAUGAUGACACAAACGAGUCUAUCAAAUUUUCUUACAGAUCAAGACAAUAUUCCUACCACCGGAACUCUGUCGAAGUUCCACUACUUCCACAACGCUCAUUAUUUCUCAGCUCUAGUAAUAAAGGGCGGCGGAAAGAUGGAGGAGUCAAGCAGGAAAUUCAUAUCGCGUCCGAAGAUACGACCAUCGUUAUAGCCGGUUUCAACACAGCCACAAGCGGGGCUAUCUUAUACUACUCCUUAUGUGUUUUGACCUUCGGAUUUGCCUUUCUAUUGUUCAAAUGGCUUCCAAGAUGGCGAAUAUGUCUUUUAGGUAGGCCGUCGCCCUUGACUACGUGUCAAUGGGUGGUGGUUGAGGAUCAAUGGAAACAACUCAGCAUAUGCGAAGUCUGCAAUCGAUCAUAUGAACGACCUCUUUCUACAAUAUUUGCCGACACCUACCGGUAUACAUACGACGAGGAUAGCGACCCUACUGUUGAACAACUCAGAUACUUCGAUUACAGGUACUUACGUCUCUUCUAUCACCCCCUGGAGGACAAAUUUCUCUUGAUUAGUGGCUGGAAAGACCCAUCCUGGACGAAUGCAAAAUCUAUGAGGGUUGGGCUCAAUGCCGACGAUCGUGAUAGCCGUGAACAGAUUUUUGGUAAAAACGCCAUUGAUAUUCAGCAACGGUCGCUAUUAAAACUCCUAACCGAUGAGGCUUUUCAUCCAUUUUACAUCUUCCAGCUUGCCAGUCUUGUUCUUUGGUCUCUCGACACGUACUACUACUACGCUGCUUGCAUUUUUAUUAUUUCCGUCAUCAGCAUAGGAACCACAGUUCUUGAGACCACUGCAACAACGCAACGCCUGAAAGAGAUGUCUCUCUUUGAAUGUGAUAUUCGUGUUCUCAGAAAUGGAUUUUGGAGAUCUGUUACAUCUCAGGAGCUCGUUCCUGGAGAUGUAUUUGAGUUUUCUGACCCUUCCCUGAACCAGGUUCCCUGUGAUUGUAUUUUACUAUCCGGAGAUUGCAUUGUAAAUGAAAGCAUGCUCACAGGUGAAUCUAUUCCAGUUUCGAAGACUCCCUUGACAGAUGAUGCUCUCGACUAUCUUAAUCUCAGUGCACCUUCGGUUCAUUCUAAUGUUGCCAAGCAUUUUCUGUUUAACGGGACCAAGAUCAUCAGAGCGCGACGCCCACAGGGAGUUGAUGAUGACGAGGCGAUUGCGCUGGCAAUUGUCAUGAGGACUGGGUUUCUAACAACUAAAGGAGCUCUCAUUCGCUCAAUGCUUUUUCCGAAGCCUUCGGGCUUUAAAUUCUACCAGGACUCGUUUCGUUAUAUAUCUGUCAUGGGCCUAGUUGCUUUUCUAGGGUUCAUUGCGUCUUUCGUUAAUUUUGUGCGCCUGGGUCUUUCGUGGAGCGUGAUCAUUGUCAGGGCGCUUGACUUGAUUACAAUCAUUGUUCCACCGGCACUGCCAGCUACAUUAACAAUCGGGACCAACUUUGCUCUAUCUAGAUUGAAAAGCAAAGGGAUCUUUUGCAUUAGUCCCCAGAGAGUCAAUGUGGGCGGUAAGCUUGAUGUGAUUUGCUUCGAUAAAACCGGUACCCUCACCGAGGAUGGUUUAGAUGUCCUUGGAAUACGAACAAUGUCCCGACAUCAAAGACUAUCUGAACUUCUAUCCGACAUAUCAUGCAAGCCAGAGUCAGUUUCUGCCUUAGCUCAAGGAUUUGAUAAUUAUGAUAUUAUCAUUCGCAUCAUGGCGACGUGCCACUCUCUGCGAGUAGUAGACGAUGAGCUCCUAGGCGACCCGUUGGAUGUGAAGAUGUUUCAGUUUACAGGGUGGUCUUUUCAAGAAGGUGGAGGCCUGACACUCGAGCACCAAAAUGCCGAAAACGAAACGAUCGUUCCUUCUGUUGCCCGUCCGCCCAAUACCACAGUACCCAUGAACAGUGGUGACAAUGAUAUUGUGAAUGGAACUGUAGAACUCGGUAUCUUACGCAGUUUCGAAUUCGUUUCACAGCUUCGCCGUGCAAGUGUGAUUGUGAGGCAAUUUGGUGAUAGUGGUGCCACUGUUUUUGUAAAAGGUGCACCAGAAAGCAUCAAGGAUAUCUGUCGCCCAGAAAGCUUACCCUCGGAUUUUGAAGAGAUUCUUAGCCAGUAUACACACAACGGCUACCGCGUCAUCGCUUGCGCUGCUAGAUAUGAACAAAGAUUAAGUUGGAUGAGAAUCCAGAAAAUAACACGCGCGGAUGCAGAGACAGGCCUAGAAUUUGUCGGGUUUAUAAUCUUCGAGAAUAAACUGAAACCGAAGUCGGCCGAAACGAUUGCUGAGCUGAACCAGGCCAACAUAAGAAAUAUCAUGUGUACGGGCGAUAAUAUACUUACCGCAGUAAGUGUUGCCCGGGAGUGUGGCAUACUGGGCAUCGAAGAGCAGUGCUUUAUACCACGGUUUAUAGAAGGGAUACCGCAUAAUCUGAAAACGUCCUUAUGCUGGGAAAGCGUUGACAAUCCAACCUUAGAAUUAAACCCAGAAACGUUGAUGCCGUUGUUAGAUUCCGGUGAAGUUAAUUCAUCCUUUCCUGAGGAUUUCCACAACGCUUGCAAAUAUUCGCUUGCAAUCAGCGGUGACAUAUUUAGAUGGAUUCUAGACUACGAGAACGAAACUGUUGUGAAAAGGAUGCUUGCUCGUGGAAACGUAUUUGCGAGAAUGUCCCCCGAUGAAAAGCACGAACUUGUCGAAAAACUUCAAUUACUUGAUUACUGCUGUGGGUUCUGUGGCGAUGGUGCUAACGACUGCGGAGCAUUGAAGGCUGCAGAUGUCGGCAUAUCCCUGUCGGAUGCCGAAGCAUCUGUAGCAGCCCCCUUCACAAGCCGUCAAUUUGACGUUACUUGCGUCCCGACUCUGAUCAGAGAGGGCCGUAGCUCACUCGUCACGAGUUUCUGCUGCUUCAAGUAUAUGAGCUUGUAUUCCGCAAUCCAGUUCGCAACUGUCAGCUUCCUGUACACAACAGGAUCUAACCUCGGAGACUUUCAAUUUUUAUUCAUCGACCUUACUCUUAUACUACCAAUCGCGGUCUUUAUGGGAUGGACUGCCCCUUACCCCGUUCUUUCACGGAAGCGACCAACUGCGGACCUUGUCUCUAGAAAGGUCUUGACGCCGUUGCUCGGACAGAUAAUUGUAUGCGUAGUUGUCCAGCUCGUAGCCUACAAAUCUGUCCAGUCACAACCCUGGUUCAAAGCCCCCAAUAUUGACCUGGGUGAGGAAAUAAUCGAGAACUCGGAGAACACCGUUCUAUUCUUGACAUCCAGCUUCCAGUACAUUUUGGCAAGUGUUGUUUUAAGUGUGGGCCCACCGUUUCGAACCCCAAUGAAGUCAAACAGGCCAUUCCUUGCCGUCAUAUUCAUAGACUUGACCUUUUCGGUCUAUAUGCUUUUCAGACCAUCCAGUUGGAUAAGGCAGGUCAUGCAGUUGACUUACUUAUCAGACGGUUUUGCUACAUGGUUGCUUGGGCUAGCCAUUGCAAGCUUCUUGUUCGCCUGGUUCGCAGAGCGAACAAUAUUUCCCCAACUUGCUCGCAUUAUUGGACGCCUGAAAAUAGGCAUGCUACCAGGUCAUCAGAAGCAGCGUCGCCGGUAUAAAAUGUUGCUUGAGGAGAUGAAUAGAUAG